UUGAUUUCAGCUCGGGCUGUUCGGUGCGCUGUCACAGACAGGGGAAAAUAACAUUACAAUUUAUCGCGUUUCCUUUUUGUCUCUCGGUAUGGGCAAAGUCACAUCCUGUCUUUGUCCUGAGCCUGAUUAUCGUUAGGCCGCCAUUCCUCUUAAUUGCCUUUUGUAGCUAACUGUAUUCAGUAUUUUCAUUUACACGAAUACAUUAUUCGUGUGUGCAUUUGUGGUUAUUUUGCUAGUGUAAUAGAACAGAUGCUAGGCCAGUUUUGGUCUGUGAUAUUUUGUAACCAAGUUCAGAUAGGAUUCUACAUUCUUUCUUACUGAUUGCGGUGCUGGAAACUGGAACCCUUAGGCCAACGUCGAGGUCUGUUGCCUAUCUUAGUGUCCCGUUGGACCUAUUACAUCAUCUCCAGUUUAUGAUAGCUUACUUGUUGCCUGCUGUUUCACCGGUUAAGGUUCAUUUUUGAACCUUUUAAAAAAAAGAUGGUGAGCAUGUUGAUGAUUGGUAUUGCUGCCUGGGGGAAGUGGUUUGGCUUGGUCUCGAGCUUCCAGGUGGUGUGGGGCAUCAUCGGGGUGGGGGUCUUCCUCUUCCUCGUCGCUUUGGCGGGACUCGUUGGUGCCGUGAAGCACCACCAGGUUCUUCUUUUCUUUUACAUGAUCACCCUGUUCCUAGUUUUUGUGGUCCAGUUCUGUGUGUCCAGUGUGUGCCUGACCAUCAACAAAGAACAGCAAAGUGAGCUGUUGGAGGUGGGCUGGAACAACUCAAAGUUCACACAGAUGGAUGUGGAGAAGAACCUCAACUGCUGUGGAUUUUACCACAUGGCUAUCAAUGAGACCUGCACUGCUGCCUGUUUCCCUCAUGCAACUUGUAACACCUGUGCGGUGAAGCUUCAGGAGCAUGUGGGUGAGGUGCUACGUUUCGUGGGAGAGACUGGCCUUUUCUUCAGCUUCACAGAGAUCCUGGCAGUGUGGUUAACAUACAGGUACAGGAACCAAAAAGAUCCACGGGCCAACCCCAGUGCCUUUCUGUAAUCCAUAGAGUAGCUGUCACAGUUACUUCCUUUGGUCUGUCCUGUUCAUAUGUCUAACCACUGGACAUGUUGCUGGAGCUCUGUAAGGGACAAGAAGUGUGUCUUUCUCUGAAAUGAAGAUCAGUGCUAGUUUUGCUGCUCUGUGGACGUCAGUUUUUAAAAGUGCAUUGUGCUGAGGCAAAAGACGUUCUGUGUAUUAUGAUGGUAUAAUUUUGUUUGAAGUUGUUUCUGAAUUGAGCUACUACUACACCAAUUGCAAUACUGGAACUGAGACCUUACCUUAUGCAGUAGACACUUGUCACACCUAUGGGCUAAAGGAAUGAGCAUCUCCAAGAUCAAUCUAAAAUAUGGACAUCAGAAUGUGGAGAAAAAAACAAUCACUGUAUUACAUACAGUAAAAUGGGCUAUGAUGACUAAGACGUGUGUGUGUGUGCAUGACCAUAUUUAUAUUCCAGUUGGGCCAGGUGUCUAUUGAUUGGAUGAACACUGUUUUUAAUUCCUACAAUCUAGGUAAUUAGUUUCCUUUAUUGCACUAUGCCGAACUAACACAUGGAUAGAGUACUCUGUGUACAUGCACAAUAUCAGUCACCCAGAAGAUACAGAUCAUGUGAAUGCAAUAAGUCAUCACGCUUUUCUUUCUUUUUCUUUUUUGGCAGGUAAUGUGUAUUUUAUAUAAACUUGUGCAUGGUUUUUGUAGACUUGGUUAUUUUCUUUUUUGCAUACCUGAAUAUGAUAAAAAAAAAAAAAUAUUCAUCAAUUAACAGAACAAUGCAAUCUUGAAAACCCUUUUAGCUGAAUGAUCUUAAUUUGACACAUAGGUUGGCAAUGGCAGAUUUCAUGUAAUAAUUGAAUGUUUUAUGCAAUCUUUUUAUUAAGUCUGUGCAUGUGCGCGCACACACACACAUUUGUGCAUAUGUCACUGCCCAAAGUUUGGUUUUGUCCUUUUCUUAGCAGCCUGCAUCCAUACCCUAUGGUUCUGUGAACUAUGCACUCACACUUAAAAAAAUCACACAAAAGAAUAAAGAGGACAUGGAUAAUUUGA